GUAUGCGUCAACUCUUCAGUCACUCGGGCUGGUCUUUGGUGAUUGUUGCUGUUUUUUGCGAAAAUUAGUGAUAUUAGUGCGCUAAUUUCUUAGUGAUAUAUUUAGGCCCCCGGCUGUUACCGCCCCGGCCAUGCUUCUAGCAUCCCUCUAUUUCGUGUUACUCGCCGCGAGUGUGCGCGCCGAAGACGACACGACGGCAGGUCCCGUCUUCCUCAAGGAACCCCCCAACCGCGUCGACUUCUCGAACACCACCGGCGCCGUCGUGGAAUGUAGUGCGCGCGGUAACCCGCCCCCGGAUAUAAUUUGGGUGCGUGCCGACGGUUCCGCCGUAGGUGACGUCCCCGGCCUUCGACAGGUUCUGGCUAACGGCAAUCUGGUGUUCCCACCCUUCAGAGCGGAGGACUACAGACAGGAGGUGCACGCCCAGGUCUACGCUUGUUUGGCGAAGAACACCGAGGGAUCUAUUCAUUCUAGAGAUGUCAACGUGAGAGCAGUCGUCUCGCAAUUCUAUGUGACGGAAGCCGAAAACGAAUACGUCAUUCGGGGAAACUCAGCCGUAAUGAAGUGCAAGAUACCGAGCUUCGUGGCAGAUUUUGUCCAAAUUGAUUCUUGGAUUUCAGAUGAUGGUCAGACGCAUAAGUACAACGACAAGGCUAAUUAUGACAGCAAAUACCUGGUAUUACCUUCUGGAGAACUACAUAUCAAGGACGUAGGACCUGAAGAUGGUUACAAGUCGUAUCAAUGCAGGACGAAACACAGGCUCACCGGCGAAACCAGGCUCAGCGCUACUAAGGGACGUCUAGUCAUUACUGAACCGAUUAGUAGUACUUUGCCGAAAGUGUCGUCUAAAUCAAAGUACGACGUGGUAGAUUAUAAGAUGAAUUCGACUCUGAAUCUCAUAUGUCCUGCCCAGGGUUUCCCUGUUCCAAGAUUCAUGUGGUAUAAGUUUAUCGACGGUACAAACCGCAAACAAGCCGUCAUUCUCAACGACAGAGUAAAACAAGUGGCAGGCACGCUCAUCAUUAGAGAAGCAAAAGUGGAAGACUCAGGAAAAUAUUUAUGCGUCGUUAAUAAUUCCGUCGGUGGAGAAAGUGUUGAAACGGUGCUGACUGUGACUGCACCAUUGAAAGCAAAAAUCGACCCCCCAAUUCAGACGAUCGAUUUUGGGAGGCCUGCGGUGUUUACUUGCAAGUUUGAAGGCAACCCCAUCAAGACUGUGAGCUGGUUGAAAGAUGGCAACCCAAUCGACCACAGCGAUCCAGUUCUUAAAAUCGAAGCUGUCCGCAAAGAAGACAAAGGAAUGUACCAGUGCUUCAUCAGGAAUGACCAGGAAAGCGCGGAAGCUACUGCGGAGCUGAAACUAGGAGGACGCUUCGAACCACCCCAGAUCAGACACGCGUUCAACGAAGAAACUGUUCAAUCAGGUAAUUCAGUCUUCAUGAAGUGCAUCGCCUCCGGCAACCCAACUCCCGAAAUCACGUGGGAACUAUACGGUCGUCGUCUCGCGAACAGUGACGUGUAUCAAAUCGGCCAAUACGUUACAGUGAAUGGUGAUGUAGUGUCUCAUCUAAAUAUCAGUUCGAUCCAUACCAACGACGGUGGUUUGUAUAGGUGCGUGGCGAGUAGCAAAGUGGGUUCGGCUGACCAUUCGGCGCGGAUUAACGUGUACGGGUUGCCGUUCGUCAGGAGUAUGGAGAAGCAGGCGAUAGUUGCCGGAGGUACCUUGAUCGUGCACUGUCCCUUUGCUGGUCAUCCUGUGGAAGCCGUCGUAUGGGAAAGAGAUGGGCGUUUGCUACCAAUCAACCGUAAACAGAAAGUAUUUCCAAAUGGUACCCUCAUCAUCGAGAACGUCGAAAGAGCAUCUGACCAAGCUACCUACGUCUGCGUCGCCAAGAACUCCCAAGGAUACAGUGCCAGAGGAUCGUUAGAAGUUCAAGUCAUGGUUCCCCCACAGAUUACUCCUUUUGACUUCGGUAACACUCCAAUACAUUCAGGCCAGUUUGUUCAAGUGAUGUGUACUAUAUUUGAAGGAGACAUGCCUAUUAAGAUAGACUGGUUACUGAACAAUCUACCUAUAAGCGAUUUUUCGGAUGUAUCUGUGUCGGCAGCUGGUAAAAGAACGUCAUUGUUAGCCAUAGAUUCUGUCUCUUAUACCCAUGCGGGAAACUACACAUGUCGAGCUGCGAACAAGGCUGGGGAAACCACAGUGACAUCAGAGCUACAAGUGAAUGUACCACCAAGGUGGAUCUUAGAACCAACUGACAAAGCUUUUGCACAAGGCUCUGAUGCUGUUGUUGAAUGCAAAGCUGAUGGAUUCCCAAAACCUAUUGUAACAUGGAAGAGAGCCACAGGAGUGUCACCAGGAGAUUACAAAGACUUUAAACCAAAUAACCCAGAUAUUAAAGUUGAAGAUGGAACUUUGACCAUAAAUAACAUUCAAAAAACAAACGAAGGUUACUAUUUGUGCGAAGCUGUCAACGGAAUUGGUUCUGGAUUGUCCGCUGUCAUCCUAAUUAGUGUACAAGCUCCUCCACAGUUUGACGUUAAAUACCGCAACCAAACUUCACGACGAGGAGAUCCAGCUGUACUCCAGUGCGAAGCCAAGGGAGAAAAACCAAUCGGCAUCAUUUGGAACAUAAAUAACAAACGCCUGGAACCAAAAGGAGACAACCGUUACACCAUCAGAGAACAAAUCUUGCCCAGUGGUGUAUUGUCCGACUUGAGUAUCAAGCGUACCGAACGAGGAGACUCAGCGAUAUUCACUUGCGUGGCUACGAACGCUUUUGGUAGUGAUGAUACCAAUAUCAAUAUGAUCAUCCAAGAAGUGCCUGAGGUACCAUAUGGUCUUAAAGUAUUAGACAAGUCUGGAAAAACUGUGCAGCUCUCUUGGGUGUCGCCAUAUGAUGGAAAUUCCCCUAUUAAGAAGUUCUUAAUCGAAUACAAACCAAGCAAAGGAAGUUGGGACAAAAACUCCGAAAGAGUACUCAUCCCAGGAGACCAAACCGAAGCCGGCAUCUUUACCCUUCGUCCAGCCACCACGUACCACAUCAGAAUCAUCGCCGAAAACGACAUUGGCUCGAGCGAUCCCUCCGACACUGUUACCAUCAUCACUGCCGAAGAAGCACCAAGUGGUCCACCAACCGGAAUCCGAGUGGAAGCUGAAGACCAACAUUCUAUGGGAGUUUUCUGGAAACCUCCAUUGAGAGAUCAUUGGAACGGCGAUAUCCAGGGAUAUUAUGUAGGCUACAAACUAGCUAACACUGAUAAACCAUACUUGUUCGAAACUGUGGAAAUUCAACGAGAAGAUGAAGCCAAAGAGCAUACUUUAAAGAUUACGAACCUUAAAACCUACACCCAAUAUUCCGUGAUAAUUCAAGCAUUCAACAAGGUUGGAGCCGGUCCCACGUCGGAAGAAUUGAAAGCCAAUACUGCUGAAGGUGUACCAGAACAGCCCCCAGAAAAAACCACGUGCACCACUCUUACAGCUCAGACUAUAAGAGUCUCUUGGGUGUCACCACCACUUACCUCUGCGAACGGCGUAAUCAAAGGAUACAAAGUCAUCUAUGGACCUUCUGAUUCUUGGUUUGACGAAAAUACUAAAGACACAAAAAUAACUGCUUCAAGUGAGACUAUUCUGCAUGGUUUGAAGAAAUACACCAACUACAGCAUGGAAGUUUUGGCUUAUACUUCAGGAGGUGAUGGUGUUAGAACGACUCCAAUUCAUUGUCAAACCGAACAAGAUGCUCCCGAAGCACCCACCGCAGUAAAGGCUUUAGUGAUGUCAGCCGAUUCUAUCCUGGUGAGCUGGAAACCCCCAACUGAGCCCAACGGUAUUAUUGAGUACUACAUGGUUUACUACAAAGAAACUGGAAACAACGACGACAAACCCAAAUCCCAAAAAAUCGUUCCCAACUUGAGAAACCAGAAUUUAAGUUUCCAGGCCAAGAAUCUGGACAGCAAUUUGAAGUAUGAGUUUUGGGUAACCGCUGCUACCACCAUCGGUGAAGGUCAACCAUCGAAGAAAGUUACUGUUUCUCCUAGUACAAGCGUGCCAGCCAAGAUUGCUUCCUUCGACGAUACCUUCACGACUACCUACAAAGAAGACGUAACCUUACCUUGUCUAGCAGUUGGAGUCCCAACUCCAGUCAUUACGUGGACAAUCAAGGGUGUUAAAUUCUCCGCUAACACAAACGAUAGAGUACGACAACAUCCCGAUGGUUCUCUCUUCAUUCGUGAUAUCACUCGUUCUGACGCUGGAGAAUAUUCCUGCAAAGUUGAAAAUGACUAUGGUCAAGACUUCGUUACUCACCACCUCAUUGUAAAUGCUCCACCAAAUGCACCAAUUGUUCAAUUAACAUCCACGACGACGAAUUCGUUGACUGUUAAGCUGAAGCCUCAUGACACUGAUGGAGAACCAAUCCAUGGAUACACCAUUCACUACAAACCUGAAUUCGGCGAUUGGGAAACUAUCCAAGUGGGACCAAACGUGGACAAACACACUAUCGAGAAGUUGCUGUGUGGUACAAGGUAUCAGCUCUAUGUUACAGCAUACAACAGUAUUGGAACCGGAGACCCAUCGGACAACCUCAACCCAAAAACGAAGGGCGAGAAACCAAUCAUCCCAAGUGCUGAUAAAUUCAUUGAAGUCUCAUCGAACAGCAUCACGUUGCAUCUCAACGCUUGGUCAGAUGGAGGAUGCCCCAUGUUGUACUUUGUCAUUGAACAAAAGAAAAAGAUCAGCACAGAAUGGAUCCAAGUUUCCAACCACGUCAAACCAGGAGGUAACUUCGUCCUGCUAGAUCUGGAUCCAGCUCAAUGGUACCAUCUGCGAGUAACGGCACACAAUAAUGCAGGAUUCAAUGUUGCUGAAUACGAAUUCGCCACACUUACUGUUACUGGAGGUACUAUCGCCCCAGCGCGGGACAUGCCCACCAUGAAAUUGCUCUUUCCUUGGAUCCCGGAUUGGGUGGACUGGAAUAUUGCUGUCCCUGUGGCUGCCACUGUUGUUGUUGUGGUCGUUGGUAUUGUUGUCAUUUGCGUUGCGCUUUCGAGAAAGGCGCACGGGCCUCUACAAACCAGACUGCGCAGCGACUAUGACGUCGUCUAUAACCAAUCCUGCAACGCUACUAAUACAUUGGACAAACGUCGUCCCGAUUUGAGAGACGAACUAGGCUACAUCGCACCUCCCAACAGAAAGUUACCACCUGUUCCUGGAUCUAACUACAACACCUGCGACAGGAUCAAGAGAGGUACAAUAAGAGCACAUUACCGUUCACAUUCCACUUGGGAUCCCAGGAGGCACUUGUACGAAGAAUUGAGAAGUAGGAGAGGCUCAAAUGAGACCGUUCAUACUCAUCGAGGUAUGGACGACGAAAUUUGCCCCUACGCCACUUUCCACUUGCUAGGUUUCCGCGAAGAAAUGGACCCCACCAAAGCUCUCAAUUUCCAAACAUUCCCUCAUCCCCAUUCCGGCACCAUAGGACCCUCUGGAUUGACCACCCCACAUGGAUUACACUCAAGAAACGGCUCGCAAUCCAUGCCUAGGCAGAACAGGAAUAGAUACGACAGAGUAGGAUCUCAAGGUAACGGAAGCAUAUACUCUCCCGGACCUGAAUACGACGACCCAGCCAACUGCGCCCCCGAAGACGAACAAUACGGUUCCCAAUACGGCGGAUACGGAGCUCCCUACGACCAAUACGGCAGUCGAGGUUCCAUCGGACGUCGCUCUCUAGGCUCCCUCAGAAUUCCCCCGAACAACGGCAGCCCCGAACCUCCACCACCCCCACCGAGAAACCACGAUCCCUCCUUCAACGAUUCCAAAGACAGCAACGAAAUCUCCGAAGCAGAAUGUGACAGAGAUCAGUUGAUUAACAGUCGAACGUACGGCGUAAUGAGAGGUAACUCGAAGGAUGGUGGCAUGACCCACGAAGAAAUGCGAAAACUGAUUGAGAGAAACGAAACAGGGCAAACCUGCACAGCAGCCAACGGGGGACUCUCAGCCUACGAUACUAUGGCAGUGUAACCUGUAAAAGAAGACAUCGUCGUCGACUAAUUCUUCCUUUGUGAAGAUCAUCUCUCGUUUCAUUUUGCUGUUCAGAUAACCGACAUAAUUUAUCAAUACUUUUUUCCCGACAGUAGUAGGAUAUUACUGAUGACUAACUGAUUUUUUUUAAGCAAGAAAUACUCACAGAAAAAAUUCGAGACUGAUGACUGAUUGUUCAUUUUCAUGAUUUCCAUAAUAAGCACAAAUGUCGAGUGUUUUUUAGUUGAUUGAUUGUCGUAUUGUGAGUAUUUAUUGCAGACAUUUUUUUUAUUAAAUUGAUCAUAAUUGUAGAUUGACAUGGAAGUAACAUGAGGAUCAGUUUUGAUACGGGGCGUGCUAGAAAAAUAACGAAGUACCCCAAGACAAGAAGCAUAUAAAAAUACUGGGCGCUAUUUUUCAACUAUACUACUACAAGAAAUUAACGCACCACCUUAAAAAUGGGUCAUUUUUGAUGUCUCGUAUUUCUUAAACCUGUUGUCCGAUUUAAGUGAUUUUUUUAAUAUGUUAUAGCUUAUUCUUUAACAAUAUUGCUGUAAUAAUAUUGUUGCUAAAUAAACAGGUAAAUUGUCAUUGUAUACCGGGUGUACCAGUCAAACUAUGAUUUUUUCUCAUAGUUCGCGUGACCCUGUGGAAUAUUCUAGCAUUUUUAAAAUACUGAAAUUAAAACGCAAUCAUAGCCUCGUGUUUUCUUAACAUUCUGUUUUUUUUAUUCAUUCGCUUAUGUUGAAUAACAAAAAAGUUAGAUACUUUAACAACCAUCCUUGUGUUUCAUCAAUACAGCGUGUUUUUAAAUAAGUAUGGCAAACUUUAAGGGGUAAUUCUGCAUGAAAAAAUAAUGACGGUUUCCUUUCUAAACAUAUGUCCGCAAAUGCUUCGUUGCGGAGAUAGACGGUGUCAGUGGCGGCUCGUGGCUUUAGAGACAGGGUCGGCAAGGUUUUGUCUCCUCAGAUAGGUAUGCCAUCUAAUUAAAAGGCUUCAAUUUCAUAGAAGAUUUUUGGUUUUUGUUUUUUUUUAAUUUUUUUUGUGUUUUUUUUGUUUUUCCUAUAAAUUUAGAACUUGAACCUGUUUAUAAAUUAAGUCUAUUUAGUCUAUGUUGUUUCGAAGUAGCAAAAUGGGUUAUAACGUCAUUGUAAAAUUUAUUCUUGCUUUGGAGAGAUUUUAAAAGUUUUUUCUAUUGACAUUUGAAAUUUGAGACAAGUUUGACAUUCUCUCUUGUUUCAUGGUGUUUCGACAAUACGUUUUGACUCUUUUGAGACAAGAGAAAUCCCGUUCAUUUGAGGCAGAAUUUGCCCACAUUUUAACACAAUAAUUUAUUAAUUAGUUUGUUGUACCUAAUGAAUUGCAGUAUAUAAAAUUAUACAUAUUUUGUAACUUAUCCCACCUUCCGAAAAUAUUUGGAUCAGCAUAUAAACCUGUUAAUCCAUUUUCUUAUUUUAUUUGAUUAAAGAAUGAUGGAUAAUUUUUAAUGAACUCGUCUAAUAGAUAUUUUGAAAAUUUUUUGGCGUAACUUUUAAAUUUUGAAUGGUCAAAGAGGUCAAUGCCUUAUAACAGUGAGUAAAUAAUAAGUUGCCUGGUGCAACAGUUUUAACUUUUGCCUGGAGACCAUACAAUUCACCGGUCAUCAAGGCAGCGCCGUCAUAAAUUUGCCUUACCAAUUUCUUUUUGAUAUCUAAUAUGCCCUUUAAAACACCAAAAAUAUAUUCUGUCUUAUGACUUCUACUCACGUCUGAAAACCUAAAAACGUCAGCAGCUAUCAGUAGUUUCGUCUACUUCUACCGAAAAGCAUCAAAAUGUAACUACUAAUUGAUUCUUUCAUUCUGUGCUGUUUUAGGUACGCAGCUAAAUGUCUUCUAGUCAGAAAGUAAAUUAGAAAAUGUGUUAAACAAUUUUAUUUGUUCUCUAUAAUUAACUUGAUGUAACGAAUCCUCCGAUUCAUCCUGUCCACUAAAUGCUAAUUCCUAACAACUUAAAAAAAAUACAAUAUCAAUCAUUAAACGACCUACAACUACCUACUUACCUGUUUCAUAAUUUUAUCCCGGGCGCGCUUAGGUACGUGCCUUGCCUCCGUUUGCAGCACCGCUCGGCAGAUUGGUUUCUGCCUUACCUGCCAUUCAAAUAAAUACGGGAAAUGUAUAAUUGGUUGCCUAUCGGCUAAUAUUCCAUAGCUUCUUAUUACAAGCAAAACUUCAAUCUGGGGACGGCUUGCCGAAAACAUACAAUCGCAAUCGGGUGCAUGGCUAUAGGAUCAUUUUUGAAAAGUCUCUUACGCACAGCGCACAGGGAUCACUUAACGUAUGGGAUCGAUCGAAUUCAUCAACUCUGAUUAAAUGAAAUAUUUAAAAAAAAUCUAUAAUCUGUCCAUAAAUAUGUGGGUCGGCACUGCCGACCCUGACAAGCCGCCACUGGAGGGUGUUGACAUUUUUCUUACAAACCGACGUUUUAUUUAUUGUUCUAAAACCGGUUGAGAUAUGCAAAUGAAAUUUGGUGGAUUUUAAGAGGUAGUUAUUGUGCAUUUUUUGACAUACAAUUAAGAAUUUUAUGUUUUCCUGUCAUUAUUUUUUGCCAUACCUAUUUAAAAACACACUGUAUUGACGAGAAAUAAGGCUAGGUGUUAAAGUAGCUAACUUUUUUAUUAUCCAACAUAAACGAAUGAAUAGAAAAACAUAAUGUUAAGAAAACAUGAGGCUAUAGUUGGGUUUUAAUUUCAGUAUUUUAUAAGUGCUAGAAUAUUCUACAGUACAGGAUCACGCGAACUUUGAGAAAAACUCACAGUUUGAUUGGUACACCCGGCAUACAAUGACAAUUAUUUUCUUGUCUAGCAACAAUAUUAUUACAGCGAUAUUAUUAAAGAAUAAAGCUAUAACAUAUUAAAAAAAUCACUUAAAUCAGACAACAGAUUUAAGAAAUUCGAGACAUCAAAAAUGACCAUCAAAAAUUACUCAUUUUUAAGAAUGUGCGUUAAUUUCUUGGAGUAGCGUACAUAUUUAGAAAUGAUAUUUUUAAGAGACUGGAACCAAAUAAUAUUAACUUAAAUUGUUGUUUUUUCAACUAUGAGACAGUAAAAAUUUCGAUACCCACGAGAUGCUACACUUUUUCUAUUGACUUCCGCCAGACACUCCACUUGAAAAAUAGCGCUCAGUAAUUUUUUAUUUUUUCGACUUCGUUUCCUAGGGUAAAGUAAAAAGCUUGUGGAAUUAACUCAUGAUCUCCAUUUAUUGUAGUAUUGUUUUGAGAAAAAUUUACAUUAGAUAAGAGAAGUGUCAAAGAAACAUGUCUUAUAUCAAUUCCCGUGAGGUGACAGUUCAUAACCCCACAACAAAUUGUAGCGAACAAUUCGUAAUGACAUCAACUCGUAACAGCGACGUAAUGAACCAGCAUCAGAAUAAACAUUUUUAAUACAUUUUAUAUUUCGUGAAGAAAUAUAUUUUGAAAAUUGUGUCUUAAAAUAAAUAUAAUCUACCUAUAACAGUAGUUUUACUACUUUAAAGUGAUAAUUCAGGAUAAAAAAUUUAAAAAAAUUCUUUAGUUGUCACAUUUACACAAAUAUAUGCAAAAAUAUGUGUAAAAUAUAUUUAAAAAAAGAUGGUAUUAAAACAGUACUACCUACUACUUUUAGUAUAGGAAAGUAUGCAAAAUACAUUCAUUGUAUACAUUGAGUAAUGAUAAUUUGCUAAAAAAAACUAAAUGUUGGCGUUACCAAUUAUACCGUUACGAACUGUCGAUGUUACGAAAUGUCGCCGUGACGAAAUGACGGCGUUACGAAUUAACGGCGUUACGAUUUGUGGUGUUACGAACUGUCGCGUUACGACAUGUCUUGUCACGAUAAAUUCCACCCCGUAUAAAAAACAUGGUCGCUCGUUACUUUCAGCUGAACGUUUCUCAAUUAGUUUGUACCAAAUGUUAUUAUUAAGUUGCGUUAGGGCCGAUGGAGCCGCUAAUACGAAUACGUACACAUUUUGCCAAUAUUUUGGUGAUUGAAAGAAUCUCAUUUUUGUACAGAGUGGCUCAAUGUGUCAUGUGAUAUUUUGUGGUUUGUGAGAAGGAUGGACGUUUAUUUUUUCGGUCUACAGAUGGUGCCAAAAUUCGAAAAUGCUGAAUCAUCACAAAUCAAUCAUGAAAGCAGACUUGCUAGACGGUAGAUAAGAGAUCAUAAGUGGGGGAAUAUAUUAUUUGUAAUACACUUUCACAAAGUGUAAUAAUGAAUAACAGCGAUUUUUAUAGACUGAUAUAGAUAAGUAGGUAUACACAUAUAUACAUCCUGAAUGCUUGAUCUUUUCCAUAAUUUACCUUCACUCUGUCGUCUUCUUUGUCACAUCUCGUCAUUGCCUUGGUGGAGAAAUGUGACAGAUGAGGUUCCUCCAAAUUCUAUAGCUAUAUGACUUCAUUGGUUACAUCUCCUCCUUAUCUACUUUACUAUUUCGAGCAAAAUUAUACGCUUGGGUAUCUCCGGGAACAUUAUUUCCACGUGUCAAAUCCAAGACAACUUUGCCGAUACAAACUCGCUUCACUGUCAACUCCACAUUUACAUCUACAGCUCUCUAAUCUACGUCUCCACAUCUUUCGAUGUAUUUUUCUUUCAAAAAUUCGAAAUCUUAUGCACUUAUCUUCACCAUGAGUUCAUUUUAGUUUCACUAAACAGCAAUACGGACUUUAGCAGAUUUACAUUAGCAAGGAAUGCCCCUUUUUCUAUUGAAACUAAUAACUCACUUGUUGAUAGGCAGACAUUCUAAAGCAUUAGAUAGCAACUAGCCCAAUAACGCCUGCAAUUUUUGACAAUGGUUCCACUUAUUCCUAGUUCUUGUACUGCUACGUGAAGAGCCAUGUUCAAAAGGUCACCAUUGACUCAUCCAUUGAGAAUCCACCAUUGAGAAUCCGAUUGUCUCAUUCCGGUAGAUAAUACAAAAAGGUAUAUUCUACUGACUUGCGAGGUAUUCCUUGCAGCAUAGAAUAGGUCCCUUCAGAUUCUUACUUUCAGAAUUUUGAUAUCUUUCAUAACCUGGACCUCCCAUCUCUUUCUGUGUCUUCCCCUUGGUGUUUCAGUUUCUGGCUUCUGGUGACGUUCUUACUAGUAAAUUGUUUUUUCUUUUUCCAGUGUGUUUUCUUAACUGCUAGAAUUCGCUCCGUUACUUCUUUAUUUCUUUUAUUUUUGCCAUUCACAAUUCCUCCCAAAUAUUGAAAUUGUCCAACUCUUUCAAAAGUGCAGUUUUCUAUAUUGAUUUCUUUUGUUUUGUUCUUCUCUUCUAGAGCCGAUUAGAUAUUUUGUUUUUCCUUCGUUCAUUUCUAGACCUCUUUUCCGUGCUUAACUUGACAUAAUUACAAAUGCUUCUUUUAAUUUUUCCUUUUUCUCUUCCCGUAAGAACUAUGUCAUCUACAUAUGCUACAAUUUGUCCUGGAGAGUGGGCUAUGGACCUUUAAUUUCCUCUGGCCUUGACUUUUCUUCUACUGCUAUGUUAAAUAGCGUGGUUGACAGGAAAUCGCCUUGUCGCACUCCUGAUUCUAACAGAAGUUGAUAUUCUCCCACCUAAAUCAGUAAAUUUGCUUUUACCAUCAAUAAACCAAAACAGUUAAAGAUAUAUUAAGGAACCUUUACGGCCAUAUGCAGCUCACUGAAAGUAUCGAUAAAUCCAAGCAUUUUUAAACGAAACGUGUACCUACUACAGUAAUUAUUAAAUAGGUUUGAUAACAAUGAUCUACCAGUUGUGUUUUUUAUUAAAACUCAUAUUUUGGUGUCCCUCAAAUCUCUUAUUUAUCUUCUAACAAAUCGCCCAGGGUCAAAUCAUACUGUAGGCUUUUUUAUAUUUAGCUUAUCGUUAGGUUUUUGCUUAUAAGUUGUUUUUUGUUCUUUGAAUAGUUUGUAGCAGAGUUGGCGAUAUGAUUUUAGUUAUUUUAUACUACAGGAAACGUCGAUCACUACACAGAUGUAAGUUUUAUCUUAUCCAUAGGUCGCUGGAUCAUAUCCGGCUCGAAGGACCAUGAAUAGGAUCUCUGUUCUGGAGCAUAUGUAGUUCUGGUUAUACAGGAACGAGAUGAAGAAUUAUUUUAAACACUCAGUACCUUUCCUAACGGUGUACCUUUUAUCUGACGUAGUGGUUUCGACGUUUCUUGUAGUAAUUCAUCAUAAAUGUUAAAAGGUUGUGCGUCGCCAUCUUGUAAUUAUACAAAUAUGCUGUGGCAAAAAUUAUAUAGAGCUAAGAUGGGAGUGAAAUCGGCAGUUUCCAUUUUCCAGUCCAUAUAGCUAUUUUUGUCGUUCUUUGCAUUGAUAUUGUACGAACUGUCAGAUUUCUUCCAUCUGCAAAGUGGAUUUUACACAGUUGGACUACAUUGACUGAGUUAAUUUAGAUAAAACAUAUGUAUCUACAAUCUUGUAGUUAGUUCUUAUCACAACGUUUUUCGUCUCAGAAGCUUCUUCCUCCUCUAUUGACUGGUAAUGUCUCAAAAUUCAAAACCAUGUGAGAGGCAUUCAUAAAUAUAUUUUUACUUAUUUCAAUACGUCUUUUUAGUUUCCUUUCGUGUUCUGUUCUGCUCUUUUAAGCAUUCAGAUCUUUAGCUACCAAUUUAAGAUACUUUCAACCUUAAUUGCUUACAUAACAGCUCAGCGAUAAGAACUAAAUUGUUUACUAGAAUUUUAACUCUCUUGCAACAAAUGUCAGAUUUUCGGAAAAAAGAAGAGUUGUCAUGUCCACAAGAACAAAGAAUAUACAAAUACAAUAUUCAAUUAGCUCUAUUUCUCAAUUAAUUCUGCCUUGAGAGAUGUAUGUAGCUCAUAAGAGCAAGUGACUUCUGGGAUUCCCCUUAUAGAAAUAUCAGUUAAGCAAUUAGGUCAUAGAAGUUUUUAGUAGCCCGCUAUGGGCCAGGACUGUUUUGUGACCGAUCAAAGUUCACAGAGUUUCAGUGUACUCUGACCAGCUUACUUUAGUUUUUCGUGUCUGAAUCCGUAUACAGUUUUUCUGCCCAGCAUCGGGCUUCGUCUACACCCUUAGUAUUUACGAGCCAUAGAUCAUCGAUGGUACACUGUGAUGGGCAACGUCUGCAUACUCUCAGGUGCUCCACGUUCUGUAUUUCCCCGCAUUCACAAAGUGCGUCGUUAUCUGUCUUGAUGCAUAUUCUCCUGUUGAGAAACAUAAUGCCUCAGCUGUUGACUUUAAGACCUGGGGGCUUUCACCCCACUUGCUCCCUACAAGUUUCCGGAGAAGGUUGUUUCUCGUAGAAACCUUUUGUCUUGUACUCUGACAGUGGAAUUCAUAUGUUAGUGACCGGUCUAGUAUUACUCCAAGAUAUUUGGGCCUAUUAGUAUGUUCCAAGCGUUGUCCCUCCCAAGAUACAUUCAGUUUUACUUGCACCAAAUGGUUGUUGAGAGGGAAUGCACAUAUUUGGGUUUUAGUAGGAUUUGGCUUUAAUGAGUUUUGUUUGUAAUUAGUUGACAUCAUAUUUAAAGCCUCUCCCAUUGUCGACUCUACUUGUGUGAGUAUUUUCCCUUUUACAGCGAUACUAAGGUCGUCAGCGUAAACAAAACUCUCAGUCUGGGGGUGCAUUGGUUGGUCGUUGGUGUAGAUGUUAAAUAGGGUCGGCGUCAGAACGCUUCCUUGAGGUAGGCCAUUUUUUUGGGAUCACCACUGGAUCCAAACAAUAAAAAUAGUAUGACAGCUGAAUUUUAAUUUCAAACUUGCUUUUGCAUCGGAAGUGACGAAUACACUCUUGACACUCCGUGGAUUUUGAUCGGCAACGAAACAGCUCGUCUGGCCUCUGGACUAUUUUUAGUGUAACUGAUGAUACAAAACUCUAUUGUAAUACUAAAACCCUAUUAUGUGUCAUUUAGUGUUGUCUAAACCAUAUUAUUCGCCUUAUACAAGAACCAAUCAAACCGUAUCUUCAUAAACCUACACAACUGUCUAAAAUCCAUUUUGUAUUAUUUUUUCCUUAGAUAAAUCAAAGUUAAAGAAGAUUAAUUUGCGAAAUUUACGAAUAUAUCAAUGUGUUUAAUUAAUUAAUGCAUGUAAAGUAGUAGUUGUUCGAUAUAGGUACUCAAGAGUUAUUAUAUAAAAAGAGUUAGCAGAUAUUAUCAUUUAAAAUACUAAAUUAACCUUAUUAUCGACUCAAAAUAAAGAAGUCUUUACUCAUUUGUAAUCAUGUACGUACUAAAUGAUCUUUAAAUCCCUUGAACUGUAGUACAGAAAGACGAAAGAGGUGAAAGUAUUAUCUGAAAAACGUUUUGUGCACAAUCGUAGUCCAAUACUCACUCUACCAGUUAAUUUGUGAAAAAUUCAGUGAUUUUUUGUUUUUCAUUGUUUAUUAAGUCCUUAUUUUAAUCUACUCAAGGCGUAUAUCAGUUUUUUAUUUAAAAUUCCUGCCUUUGCACUGUGUCUCAACCAUUUUAAUUGAAAAUGCGAGAAAUUUAGAUUGUUUUUAGGUAUUUUCUUUAUUAUCAUACACUGUCACUUGUCAGUUGUCAUAUACUUUGUUUGUUUCUGAUUGCUUGUGACCGGUAGUUCUUUCAGGACAACAGACUCAGUAAGACACAGCUUAAAAAUAAAAUAAAUAUAUUCAGGAUAUUUCAGUUCAGUUCAAAAUUAAAAAAUAACAAAAUAAGAUAUAAUUCUAGCUUCGCCUCGUUCCGGAGAAGUUCCCUAAGCGUACGUCUGCAAAAUAAAAAUGAAAUUGUAUUUAUAGCUGUCAUCAAAAACAUAAUAACAAUAUUAGAAUAAUACAAUACAGAACACAAUAUAUACAACAGCAAUCGCGCUACAAGAAAUCAAUCUAUCUACACUCAGACUCAUAGUCCCCAAUCCAACAUCGGCACACAGUUACCCAUCAGCCAGCUCCGGGCGGAGGUGGCGGCUACUGCUCGCUGCGGUUACGGUUCCGACGGAGCGCCUCCUCACUACAGAGCGCAUCCCCCUCGGCAGGUUCCAAUUAAUUCCAUUGCAUAUCUGCCGUUUGAGUUCUUCCCUGUUCACUACACCGAGAGAGAAACUGAUUUCAUGACUCUUGACUCUCCUUGCUCGUCUUAAAUACACUCUCUGUAGCCAUCACUCCUUGGUUUCGCCGGAGAGGUGGUACGUAGAGGGGUUUCGCGAAUAUGAAAACGCGUUCGAUCCUUUGCUGUUGAUCUGCCGAACGCCGUGCUGCAGGCAUCAUAUCAUUACAUGCUAAAGUAAAAAAAUAACAUUUUUCAAGCCACUUUUUCUUUUUUUUUUCUGUACUCCAGAGCAGUGUAAUCGAGCUGAUGCACAUACAAAUGAGUAGAGACUCGAAUAUAACUAUCCAAAUGCUUGUAUUUCCUUCAGUAAAUAUAAGGUAUCAGUAGAUUUAGUCGUAAUCUAAACAAUUUUACCAGUCUCAUGGCAUUUUGGACUCGAGUUUUUAUUUACAGAACCACUUAAAUGUUUGUACUUGCUUAUUUAUAACAAAUUUUAUACCUGUUGAUUAUUAUAGUAGAGGGCUCGUCAGUUUCGAGUAUUAGCCAUUCACUCACGGUAAAAUAUUGCAAAACCUCCGAAUUUUAAAGAACCGUUUGGAUUGACAUGAAAUUGGGGCAGAUAUAGCUAAUAUGUCAAAGAAAAAAAGUGAUACUGUGCCGAUGUAUGCUUUUGACCUGGAGGUGAGUACCAUCCCUUCUCGGGAGUGAAAACUAUACGUUCAAAAUAAGUCCGGAAGUGAAUAAACUGACUAAUGCUAAGCAACUUUUGUUCUAUAGAGUUUUUUCACAAAGUCAAUACUUUUCGAGAUAUUUGCGAGUGCAUAUGUUCAUUUUUCAACAAAACAAACACGUUUUCAGACGGUUUUUCGCAAAUAACUCAAACAGUAAAUAUUUUAUAAAAAAAUAUUUCUAGCACAAAUAUAGUUUAUAAAAUAGUGAUAAAAAUGGUGUCCGUAUAAAGUCUGUAGACCCCGUAGAAGCAGAGUUGUAGCUAAUCAAAAGUAGGUUCUUAUUCGUCAAUUUUCAAAUCGAAUAUGUCAACGUGAAAUAACCAAAAAAUGACGCAGUUUUCGGGAAAAACUCAUCACAGCCUUUUUAAAGUGUUUAAAAGAAGCUUUAUUUUUGUGUUUUAAAGUUUCUAGCAUCAAAAGUAAGUUACGGUCAAAAUAAAAUUUGUUUUUUUUUUGUGUGAAAAUCACAUCCUAAUUAGCGUCCCAAACAAAAUUAAUCGUUACCGCUUUACAAGGUACUUUACUUAUGGAGUAUUUAUAAUAUGAUCUGUAAGUUUCAGCCACAUCUUAACCAAUUUUUGUCUUACAGAAAAACAAAAUCCAAAAUAUUCAGAAAAGCACAACCUACAUUUUUUUACUCUUUGAAAUUUUUGGUAUCACUAAUAAUUUUUAAGUUGCAUGUUUUGAAGAAAAGGAUUUUUUUCAAAAUUAAAAAAUAUUUUAGGAUGCCAAUUAAGGGCCAUUUUUUCACCAAAAAAGGACCAACUUUAUUUUGAGCGUAACUUACUUAGUGUUGAUGCUAGAAACUUAAAAAUACAGAAAUAAAGCUUUUUUUAAACAUUUUCAAAAAGCUGUGAUGAGUUUUCCCCGAAAAGUGCUUAAUUUUUUUUGGUUAUUUCACGUUGAAAUAUUCGAUUUGAAAUUUGACUAAUAAGAAUCUACUUUUCAUUAGCUACAACUCUGCUUCUACUGGGUCUACAGUCUACAGACUUCAUACAUACACCGUAAUUUUCACUGUUUUAGAAGCUAUAUUUUCGCUAAGAAUAUUUUUUUGAUAAAAUACUUACUUUAUGAAUUAUUUGCGAAAAACCGUCUAAAAAACUAGUAUUUUUGUUGAAAAAUGAAUAUAUUCACUCUCAAAUAAUUCGCAAAGUAUUUACUAAUGAAAAAAACUCUAUAGAACAACAGUUGCUUAGAAUUAGUCAGUUUAUCCACCUCCGCACUUAUUUUGAAUGUAUGUUUUUUCACCUCUGGGAAGGGGUGCUCACCCCAGAGCAAAAGCACACAUCAGCACAAUGUCACUUUUUUUCUUUGACAUGUUAGCUAUGUAUAUGCCAAACUUGAUGUCAAUCCAAGCGGUUCUUUAAAAUUCGGAACAAAAACCGUGAGUAAAUGAACUACUAUAUAUGAUUAUUUUUCUCUUAGAUUGUUUGACCGUUCAUAAUAGUGAAACUGAAACACUACAUAAAGUGUUUGUGUACUUGAAAUUUACUAGCCUUUAGACUACCGCGAUAUCCUAUUUAGUAAUUUAUAAAUCCACUUUUUUGUAAUCUAUAUUUCAAGUUCCUACAUAGUUUGCAAAUUUAGCUAACAUAGAUCUGCUGUACAUUUUAGUUAUUUGUCAUUUUUUCAUCAACCCUAGUCAACCAAUUCGAUUAGUUUACUAAACUCCUUCGUAAGAAAAGUGGCAAAUAAUAUUUUCUUUUUGUGAUAAUGCAUUAAAUAAUGGUUUAAAAUGCCAUUUUGUAAGUGUAUUGUAAGUGUGCUAUAUAUCCACUAGAUGUAAGUGAUAAAAUAUUGGGAAUGGAUCGAAAAUUUAUGUCAGAGAAUUAUUUGUGAGGCUAAGAGACCAAUUGUGGUCCAAACCAGCUUUUUACCACGUUUCCAUCGAUAUCCAGUGUACAAUCCCCAAGCACACCGUCCUUUUUUAAAUUGAUUACAAAAGUCGUAAAAAUGGUUUGAACUGCUUAGUUUGAGCUAGUCUACCACUUUCUGACAAUUUUCAACAGCUACAACUAUAAUUUUUAAUUGCAAUCAAAAGAUUAAAAGUUAAAAUAAAAUAAAUUAUUUUUGUCGGAAAAAAAGAGGGAGCGAUGGUGGCGAGUCAGACACAAGGAAGAUGUCACUCUAGCGAUGUCACUCAAGCAGUUGAAACCAUUUUUAGGAAUUUUGUAAUCAUUUAAAAAAACGUGUACUGGAGACUAGUAGCGUAUUGCCUUAGAAUAUGUUAUCAUCUAUGUAGACGUUAGAUAUGCAGGUUUAAACAGACUGCGCAUACGUCUCAUCAAAAGGGGGAAGAUGUGAUAUGUGUGAAAUGGUGGUAAAUAACAUGUUUCUAAUAUUACUAGCUGGUAAUUUUAAUUCAAAAAGAAAAUAUAGCAAGAUUCUUCAAAUUAAUCAAACUAGUAUAUAAUUUCUGACGUCAAUCGUCGGACCAUAACCGAAAAAUACCAAUUUAAGAUAACUUAUAAUAAUACUCUAUGCUCUUAUUGAUUUCGGUAUAAUCAAUACAUACUAAUCUUUUGUAUACAAUUUUCCCUUUAAACUUUAUAUUAUUAUUAUUAAUUUCAUUUGGAUUGUAGCGUUAAGAAGAUUUUGAGUGUGUUUUAUACAAGUUUGCCAUUUUUACACUCUUAAUUUCUAAAUGCUUGUAUACCAAAGUUUUGGUUAAAUAUACAUAAUUAUAACUAA